CCAGAGCCUCUCCCUCCUUUCCUCCUCUCCGUCCCCCUCCGCCUCACUUGCAACGUGUUGCAAUUCCUCUUAGCGCACAUCCAGCUUGCCAAACCGCGGAAAAAGUUUGGAAGUCUUGGAGAAAGCUACUCUCUCGCUCCCCCCCAUUUCCCUUCCGCCCACAACUGGCUGGGCAGCCUGUGGGGUUCGUGACGCAGCGUCUGAAUUCUUAGAAGGCAGGGGAGGGGCGCUUUUUUCCCUUUUUUUUUUUGGAGGGGGGCGCAUUCCUUGUCUCUCCCAUCUCCUUGUCUCUUUACCCUCCCAUCACCUUCGGAACAGGAGGAGGGGGAGAAAAGGACACUGAGUCAGCACGGAGAGAGAGAGAGAGUGCGCAAGGACGCAAAGCAGGAGAAGAGGAGAGGGAGAUCAGUCCCAGCCCCCCACCCCACCCCACCGCUAUGAAACUUCCCAGCCCCCCCUCUUCGCCACGGCCUCGCUUGCUGAGAUGCGCCCUGGGCAUCCUUCUGACCAUUGAGCUCGGACUCUGCGCUCUUCUCCCAGACUCGGGGAUAUUCCUCAUCUAUAGCAGUGGUCUGCAAGGCUGCUUGGAGACUAAGGACUCUCUAGUGAAAAUUUCCAGGAGCUGCAACACCAGCCUCCCAGCUCAGAAGUGGAAAUGGGUUUCCCGGAACCGGCUUUUCAACGUUGGGACCAUGCAGUGCUUGGGGGUCUCCUGGAAGUCUGCAAACUCCAGCGCGACAGCCCAGGCACUAGGCACCUAUGAGUGCGACCGGGAAUCUGUCAACAUGCGGUGGAACUGCCGGAGCCUGGGUGACCAGCUCUCCCAGUAUUUGAGCUCCAGGUUGGGGAACUGGUCACUGACACUAUCGGAGAGGGGCGACCAGGCACGGGGAGGCCAAUGGAAGAUCUAUGGCCACGAUGAAGAUUUGUGCUCCAGGCCCUAUUCGGAAAUUUACACCAUUCAAGGCAACUCUCACGGGAAGCCCUGUACCAUCCCUUUCAAAUACGACAACCAGUGGUUCUAUGACUGCACCAGCAUGGGGCGUGGAGAUGGUCACCUCUGGUGUGCCACCACACAGGAUUACGGCAAAGAUGAAAGAUGGGGGUUCUGCCCCAUUAAGAGUGAUGACUGCGAUACAUUUUGGGACAGGGACCAGCUCACCAACAGCUGCUACCAGUUCAACUUCCAGUCCACCCUGUCUUGGCAGGAGGCUGGGAAGAGCUGUGAGCAGCAAGGGGCCAGCCUGCUGAGCAUCACCGAGGUCCACGAACAGACUUACAUCAAUGGACUGCUAACAGGAUAUGGUUCUACACUCUGGAUUGGGCUUAAUGAUCUGGACCUCAACGGGGGCUGGCAGUGGUCAGACAACUCACCCUUGAAGUUCCUUAACUGGGAGAGUGAUCAGCCUGACAACCCCAGUGAAGAAAACUGUGGGGUGAUACGGACAGAGUCGUCGGGGGAAUGGCAGAACCGUGACUGUAGCAUGGCCCUGCCCUACAUCUGCAAGAAGAAACCCAAUGCCACUUCUAAUAUAUACUUCUUACUGGAGUCUGAUGUGAAGGUUGACUGUGAUCCGAGCUGGCAGCCUUUUCAGACCAACUGCUACCGCUUGAUCAGUGAAAAGAAGAGUUGGCCAGAUGCCAAGAAGACCUGCUUGCGGAGCGAAGGAGAUCUGGUCAGCAUCCACACCCUCAACGAACUGGAGUUUGUUACCAAGCAAAUCAAGCAAGAUGUCGAAGAACUCUGGAUUGGCCUGAACGAUCUCAAGCGACAGAUGAGCUUUGAGUGGUCAGACGGCACGCCAGUGCAGUUCACAUUCUGGCACCCUUUUGAGCCCAACAAUUUCCGAGACAGCCUGGAGGAUUGCGUGACGAUCUGGGGACCGGAGGGGAGGUGGAACGACAGCCCUUGCAACCUGACGUUGCCUUCUGUGUGCAAGAAGCGGGGCCGCGUGAGCCAAGGGAGAGAAGAGGAGGACCAUGGCUGCAGAAAGGGUUGGAAAUGGCAAACUCCAUCUUGCUAUUGGCUGGGAGAUGACCAUGUGACAUACAGUGAGGCUCGGAAGGUGUGCACAGAUUAUUCGUCUACUCUGGUCACCAUCACCAACAGGUUUGAACAGGCCUAUGUGAGCAGCCUAAUUUAUGGCUGGGAGGACGAAUAUUUCUGGACAGCUCUACAGGACAUAAAUGAAACGGGCUCCUUUCAUUGGCUGAGCGGGGAUGAAGUCACCUACACACACUGGAAUCGCAACCAGCCCGGUUAUAACAAAGGCGGCUGUGUUGCCUUGGCCACGGGGAGUGCCAUGGGACUAUGGGAAGUGAAGAACUGCACCAGUUUCAAGGCCAAAUACAUCUGCAGGCAGAACUUGGGAACUCCCGUGAACCCUGAGCUUCCUUCACCUCAUCCCACCCCGAGCCUCACGGGAACUUGUCCAGCGGGAUGGGUCACCAGCCCCAAGUUGAGGCAUUGCUACAAGGUGUUCACCUACGACAAACUGCAGGAGAAGAAAAACUGGAUCAUGGCCCAUUUGUUCUGCAACGAUCGGAAGGCACAACUCUUGAGCAUUGGCACUUACGAGGAGGAACAUUUUAUAGCCAGCACACUCAACAAGAUAUUUGGGGCAUCAGAACCUGAAAUCCAUGAACAGCAUUGGUUUUGGAUCGGCUUGAAUCGCCGGGACCCUGGACUUGAGAGGAGCUGGCGAUGGAGUGAUGGUCUUGGGUUCUCCUACCAUAACUUUGACCGCAGCAAUCAUGACGACGAGGACAUCCGGAAUUGUGUGGCGCUGGACUUGGCAUCCUUGCAGUGGAUGCCUCUUCAGUGCGAUGCUCAACUGGACUGGAUCUGCAAACUGCCCAAAGGCACUGAUGUGAAAGAGCCAGAGACAACCGUUCAAGCGAGCAAUGAGUGGGUGAAAUACCAAGAUGCUGAGUACAAGUUCUUUGACCAUCAUUCAACUUGGGUGCAGGCUCAGAGGAUCUGCACUUGGUUCCAAGCUGAGCUGGUGUCAAUUCAUAAUCAAGCUGAGCUGGACUUCCUGGGUCAGAACUUGAAGAAGUUUUCAAGGGGACAGGAGCAGCACUGGUGGAUUGGGCUGAGCACCUAUGAGAACGAUGGACGAUUUCGGUGGUCUGAUUAUUCUCUGUUGAACUUCAUCUCAUGGGCACCGGGAAAGCCACGGCCUAUCACCAAGGACAGGAAGUGUGUAUACAUGACUGCUAGCCGAGAGGAUUGGGGUGACCAGAAGUGUUUCACCGCUCUGCCUUACAUCUGCAAGCGCACCAAUAUUACCACAGGCUCCUUGCCACCCCUGCCAGCGCCUACUCCUGGCAGCUGUGCCCAGGGCUGGCAUGCUGUCGGCAAUAAGUGCUUUAGGAUUAACAGCGAAGAGCAGGUGACUUGGCAAGAGGCGAAGCGAAGGUGUGAGAUUCAGGGGGGCGUGCUGGCAACCAUCGCCAAUUACGUUGAGCAAGCCUUUAUAACCACUCUUCUCCCAAACGUGACCUCUGACCUGUGGAUCGGCCUCCAGGAUGCAAAGAAGGAGUUCCAAUGGGUGGAAGCCGAGCCUGUCAGCUUUGUGAACUGGGGUCCUGGUGAGCCCUCCGGAUGCGGGGCAUCCACAGCUAAUGAGAACCCGACCAACUGCGCUGUGGUUUGGCAUGGCAUCCCGCCCCAGUUCACUGGCCGCUGGGAUGACAGGAAUUGCCUGGAGGAGAAAAAUGCCUUCAUCUGCCAGAGGAGGAAAGAUCCUGCCCUGAGCCCUUCCCCAGCAACCUUCCCCCCUGCUCCCAACUCCACCCUCUCGUACUUCAACAGCACUUACCGCAUCCUGCAGAAGCCUCUCAGGUGGCAGGAAGCCAUGCUCCUGUGCGAGAGCCUCAAUACAAGCCUGGCGAGCAUGACGGAGCCGUACACCCAGGCUUUCCUCACCCAAGCAGUGAGCAGCCUGCGAGCCCCGCUCUGGAUUGGCUUGUCCAAUGAGGAGGGGAGGCGAAGCUAUACGUGGUUCACAGAGGAGAGCCUUUCCUACACAAACUGGCAGGCCGGAGAACCGCAGCAGCUUGUGGGGUGUGCAUACAUGGAUGUAGAUGGGACCUGGAGGACCGCCGGCUGCGACACCAAGCUUCAAGGGGCCAUCUGCAAAAUGAGCACAGGGGCCCUUCCCCCCCACAAGUGGAGGUACAAUGGGAGCUGCCCUAAAUCUGUGGAGGAUUCUUCCUGGAUCCCCUUCCGGAAUCACUGCUAUGCCUUCCACAUGGAAGUCGUGCUGGAGCAGAAAGAAGCUAAGAAGAGAUGUCAGAAAGUUGGAGGUACUGUGCUGUCCAUCCUAGACGAGAUCGAGAACCUAUUCGUGUGGGAGCAUCUUCAGGCUUAUGAGAGCCAAUCCAAAGGAGCUUGGCUGGGGAUGGCCUUUAACCCCAAAGGGGGCACACUUGUCUGGCAUGACAACAUGGCGGUGAACUAUUCUAACUGGGGGCAGGAUGACACAGGACCGAGCAUGCUCAGCCAAAACAGCUGCUACUGGAUCCAGAGCAGUAACGGGGUGUGGCACUUAGGCUCCUGCUCCAACGUAACCAUGGGAGUCAUCUGCAAGACAGCCCGAGCGGAAGAAAGCAGCCUCUCCAGAUCAGCUUUCCUGGAGAACACAAAGGCCAUUGCGGUGGUUAUCCUCUCCUCCUUAGCACUGUGUGCACUGAUAGCAGUCGCUAUCUAUCUGUACAAGCGCCGGCGGACCUCGGAGCGAGGGGCGUUUGAGAGUGCCCGUUACAGCCGUACCAACUCCAACCCCAGUGAAUCUGCAGAGAAGAACAUUCUGGUGUCUGAUAUGGAGAUGAAUGAACAGCAAGACUAGUGUUGGAAUUGGCGAGCCCGGGGUGGGGGUGGGGUGGGGAGGGACGUGAGUACCUGUCAUAACAUGCCAUCUCAACAGCAAGCCCCCGAGGACAGCAUAGGGCAACAGCAGGGUCAAUAGAUAGGACUGUGAACUACUAAGGAGAUGUGGAGCAAUACUAAAAAAAAAAAGGUCCCAUUUGUAUGUGACACUAGAAGAAAUUCAACCUUGGCCUUGUACGUCUGCCCUUCUCAAAGAAGAGCCAUGGAAGAAAAGGGAAGGUGGUUCAUUUGCUGGAGAGAGAGAGCUAGAAAGCCUCAUUUUGGGUGAAAAGGGAAGGUGGUUCAUUUGCUGGAGAGAGUGAGCUAGAAAACCUCAUUUUGGCUGAAAAGGGAAGGUGGUUCACUUGCUGGAGGGAGCGAGCUAGAAAACCUCAUUUUGGAUGCUGCAGACUCUGCAGCGCAGCGUCUUCUCCACAUUUCCUUAGAGAAUGAAAUUGCAAGCAUUACUUCUUCCUGGUUCUAAUAUUAAAACAGGGAAGGGCUUUCAGGGUUCCCCCGUGUUCUUCUUGGUAAGAACACGUCUGUCUUAUUUUGGAUUACUUUUUGAAGCCAUAAGAGUGAUGGGCUCUUGAAUUCCUAGUAACGGUGGUUCGAUCUUCUAUUCCUCUGAUGCCGAGAUACCCCGAGAUAAAUUCUUCCCCAGCCAUGCCACUACCAUAGCAACCAUUCUGCUGUUAAAUUCUGUUGCCAUAUAGAGGGCCUUUCUGCGAAAACGACUGAAAGUGGUGCCACAAGCAUUUUCACAGCUUCAAAACGACCUCUUGGUGACAAAUGAGUAACGGGUGUGAGCUUGGGGGUGGUGAAGAAGACAGGAACGUUGCUAUUUGCCUCUGCCUCUUUUAACGAUGACUUUGGCUAGAUAUGCACUUCCUUGCAAAGCUCAAGCCUUCAAAGAAUUGAACAUCAUUAUCAGCCCUUCUACAAACUGGUGGUUUGGGGAGUUCACCAAAUGGCCCUGGGGGUUGUGUCAUUUCCCACUGAUCACGAAACGAAACAAUGCAUCGAGCAGGUAAAGUGCGGGGAUGAGACAACUGCAUUUCAAACAGGAACAAUGAGCAUGAAUUGUUGAUUCGAGGCAAGGCCUGGUUUCCCCCCCAAGACCAAAAUGUUGCGGUCUGAGCACUUAAAGAGAACGCAUUGUCUCUGCAACAGAAACACUGCCCUGAACUUAAAAUGAGAAACAAAUGCAUAUUUAUUGCCGAAAACAGUUUUUUUGCAGAAAGGUCCUCGGAACAACAGCAUUUCUUGAGUGGAAAACUAAUAUACUGGCACUUGUUUUUUUAAUUUUAAUUUUGUUUUUGUUGUUGCCUUGCUGGAUAAGAGGUAUACUCUAUCAAAGUGAAUGUUUGACAAUUAUACCUUCUUUUGAGGGUAUUUUGUGUCUGUGUGUAGAGGUGAUGGCCAAAGGUUCUACAAUUCCCCCCUUUCCCACUUAAUUUUCAAUCAUUCUAAGCAAUGCAACAAACAGGACACUAAAGUUUUCUUGCUUCCAGAAUAAGUAUACAACCUGGGCUUGGAUAGCAUAUGCUAGGAGCCUAGUGAGAGACCCUGGGUGAAAGAAAUGUGGAAUUAAGGGUGAACAAAUCGAACGGGAUGCUGUGGCUGUCAUUUUGUCCUUUGCUUCCAACUAAAUAACUUUGGAACAGUGGCUGUGCUAAAGAUGAUAAAGGGAGAAUGGUUCUUUUCUGCUACUCAAAUAAUUAUGAGAAUUGUUGUAUAUAUAUAAAAAAAAUCUGGUAAUUUUCACUUAAGCUGGAUAUUAAGUGUUCAUAAAAAUGUUUACCUUUGUCUCUUUAAUCUUUAGGUACCCGGAAGCUGCCAUACCAGGCCAUGGUAUGGGGAGUUUCUGAGACAAUCUUAAGUUUUCUAGUUCCUUUUCCCUUGAUGACUGCUGCUUGUUUCCCGGGCAUCUUUUUGGUUUAGAUAAAGAUGUUCAUACAUAUUGA